AGAUACGUUGAAGAUGUUGAAAAAUCCUUGAAAUGGUACUACUUUGCAGAAUUCUUGGUCAAAUCCUAUCAUAUAACAGUGUCGCUGUUGACCGUGCUUAACGCAACCAACGAGGAAGAUAUUGUUUUUUACAUUUUCACUGUGAUAGUGCUAAUGCUUCAAGUUAUGAUGGUUUACUAUCAUGCCAAUGAGUUAUCCUUAGAGAGCACAAAUUUGAGCGUGAGAAUAUUCAAGAGUAACUGGUACGACCAGUCUUCUGCAGUAGUGAGAAGUCUUUCGAUUGUGAUGGCCAGAGUGCAAAGACCACUUGUACUUACCAUCGGCGAUUUUCGAGUUAUCGACAAUGAACUGAUCGUUAACAUGAUAAAAGCUGCUUAUACAUUCUUAUUGUACCAGAAGAUACAGAGUUUUCCAGAUGAUGGUGAAGUUUCCAUGGGAUGACUACUCAUCAAAUUUACUUGAUAUUUAUCAGCUUCAUGUUUUUGAAAUGUGUAGAAUGAUUAAUAAGGUGACUCGAAUGAAUUCUGUUCUCGACUACUACUACUACACCGAAAGAAAUAUCUAUUAACUGUUAUACGAAAUUGUAUAACCAUUAAAAGAUUUCUGAAUUGAA